CGCGCAAGAAGACAGCGCAAUCCUGCGACAGAGACUGAAACAAAACGAACAUCAACACAAUUUACAACAUGGCGAUGUCCUCGCGCGUGGUAUGCAUGUGCCGUUUGACUGGCCGAACUUUAGGGACUGUACUCAGUCACAGCCAUGGUAAAAACCUCACAGCCCGGAGAUGGUACAUUACCGCCAGUGCGGGGAAUGAGCUACAGUUUAAGCUUGAUGAGCGGACAGCCCAUAGCAGUCUGGACCUUUUUAAGAAGGAAACAGGUGUGAUUUAUCGAAUGCUAGGCCUGGACCCCUCCCUCGUGCAGGACACCCCUCUCAGAUUCCGGGACUGGGCUGUGGUUCUUGCAGACACCCAGAUUGACUCUGGACGGCACUACUGGGAGGUCACAGUUGAGAAGUCCCAUGAGUUUCGGGUGGGAGUGGCUGAGGUGUCAAUGUCCCGCGAUGAAUGCGUGGGCACAACUUCCACUUCCUGGGUGUUUGCUUUUGUCCAGAGGAAGUGGUUUGCCAUGACCACCGGUAAGCAGGUCCCAGUGCCGCUGGUGGGGAAACCGGAUCGGGUCGGGCUCUUACUGGACUAUGGAGCUGGACGGCUCAGUCUUGUGGACACUCAGAAAGCUGAAGUGGUACACACAAUAAAAACACAGUUCCGCUCCCCCAUCUCUCCUGCAUUUGCACUCUGGGAUGGGGAGCUACUAACACACUCGGGACUUGAGAUCCCAACAGGGCUUCAGUGACACACACUUGCUCAUUCACACAUGGAUGACACAUGCCUCUUAAUGGGGCUGUAUGGAAACGCUAAGAAAGCUAGUGGGAUGGGAACAGCACUUUAUAGCCCUUUUUCAUUACUGUUCUAAUAUAUCUGAACUAAGCUGUGUUAUUUACCAAGAUCUGUCUGAUUGUUCAUCUGGUGAGAACAUUCUUACACAUUACUUGGUACUCAUAAGUCUAUUUUAAUUUCUCAUUGGUGCUCGAGUACAGUGUGUGGGAUUCAGCUAUAUGAGAGAUUUAACUUUUGCUUCAUGUUUGUUUCAUUCUGUACACUUUACGUAAUCUUUUCAUGCUCAUUUGGAACAAAACACACCUUGACUUACCUAAACUUUAUUUCUCUGACUAAUAAUAUAUCCAGCAAUAAAAUGUGCAGACAUUCAAGUCUCAAUACCAU